AUGUGGAGACUAACAAUGGUAGACACGGAAGAAACCUGUAAGCCUGAGCGUCUUGCCCUACCCAGGCACCAUGGUAAACCCUAUUCAGAUCACCCAUCGUCUACAGCACUGCUGGAUUCCAUUGACAAAUCUAUCUGGAGUACCUCACCUUUCGAUGUGGGAAAACUACAAGUUACCCCAGUUGCCAUCACCCUGUUGGAUCCGUCUCAACCUCCAAUCUACAGACCCCAAUAUCGUCUCAAGCCUGAGCAGGUAGAGGGGAUUCGCCCCACUAUUGAGGGGCUAUUGGGAGCUAACUGCAUUUACCGAACUCAAUCUCCAUGGAACACCCCAAUUCUGCCUGUUCUGAAGGCAGAUGGUGAAACCUACAGGAUGGUACAAGACUUCAGAGCUAUCAAUGAAGCUACUUUGGGGGUUGACCUACCUGUUCCUGAUCCACACAUCACCCUGAGCAAUCUGUCGCCGAAACACCAAUAUUUCACUGUCGUGGACCUUGCUAAUGCUUUCUUUAGCGUUCCUCUGGAUGAGGGGUCUCAGCCUCUGUUUGCAUUCACUUACGAAAACCAGCAGUACACGUAUUCUGUGCUUCCCCAGGGCUACCGUUGUUCCCCCGGAAUUUUCAAUUACAUCCUGAAAAAACACUUGGGAGAACUCACCCUUCCGGAAGGCACGGUACUCAUCCAAUACGUUGACGAUCUCCUCCUGGGAGCCCCCACUUCGGACCUGUGCUUAGAAAUCACCAAAGUCCUGCUGGACUUUUUGGCUAGCAAAGGGUACAAGGUCAAGAAAUCAAAAGUCCAGAUGUGCAGAAGGACAGUACUCUUUUUGGGUAGAGAAAUCUCAGGAGACGGAGCUGGACUCUCUACUUCACACAGAAGCUCCAUUCUUCAGCAUCCCAGACCAACCACAGUCGCUGGUAUGCUCUCGUUUUUGGGUUUGACGGGGUACAGCCGUACACACAUUCCUGACUACACUGCCAGGACUGAACCACUGAGGGAAAUAGUCAGACAUGCAGGCUCAAGAAACCUUCAUGCUCCUCUUAUCUGGUCACCUGAGGCCUCUGCUGCAUUUGGCCAGUUGAAAACAGACUUGGCUGUGGCUGCAGCUCUCACUGCACCUGACUAUGGCAAGACUUUCCAUUUGGAUGUUUCUGAAAAAGAAGGAUUCACGUCAUCCGUUCUUUUCCAGAAACAUGAGGGGGAGAGAAGAGUCCUGAUGUACCACUCCUCAAAAUUGGAUCACAUUGAAAUGGGGCAAACCACAUGCUCAAGAUACGUUGCAGCUGUUGCUAAAGCCAUUGAAAAAACUGCUCACCUCGUAAUGUGCCACAAAAUGGAGAUCCACACCCACCAUGGUGUGUACUUGAUGGCGAAGGAAUUCACCUUCAGUGCAGAGAGAAAAAACAAAAUUCAGAACAAAUGUACACAGUCACACAUCACGUUUGUCAACACAGACAAGAACAUGGCUGAUGCCCUUAAUGCGGAAGAAGGAAUGACCCACGUCUGCGCAGAAAGAGCUGCUCAAGAACUUAAACUCAGACCAGACCUGGAAAAUGAACCCAUAUUGACUGCAGACCUAUGGCUGUACACUGACGGGUGUUGUUACAGAGGAGAAGAAGGCAACAUAGCAGCAUACGCAGUAGUACAACAGACUGUGGAUGGAGCUCACACCACCCUGGAAUCAGGUAUAAUACCUCAGCCCGCAUCAGCCCAAUUGGCAGAGAUAAUUGGACUCACCCAAGCAUUAACACUGGCCAAAGGGAAAAAGGUCAACAUAUACACUGACUCAGCGUAUGCUCAUGGAGCAGUACACAUCGAUGGACCACAAUGGGUCAGACAAAACUUUACCACUACUGGAAAUCUACCAAUCAAGCACAAGACCCAGAUGGAGCGUCUGAUUGCUGCUGUAUCACUUCCUGAAAAAGUGGCCAUAAUGAAAUGCAAGGGCCAUCAGAUAUUGAACUCCAAGAUCAGCAAGGGAAAUGAUGCUGCAGACCAGGCAGCUAAGAAAGCAGGAGGAUACACUCCCAGACAAAUGGUUCUCCAAAUCAGUCCACCUAGGACUGAAUUGACUAACCAACACAUCAAAGAACUACAACAAGCAGCCGGACCAUAUGAACACUCAGUGUGGGGACAGAGGGGAGCGACGAAAGGUCCUGAUGAACUGUGGCGAUGCCAUGAUGGCAGACUAGUGGCCCCUGCAAACCUCUGUCCUGAACUAAUCAGAGAAGCACAUGGACCAACACACGAAGGGAAACUGAAGACUCUACAGAGAGUCUCCUACGUAUGGUGGCAUCCAUACAUGAAAGAAAUGACAGAUUUGUUCUGUGACAGUUGUGCCAUCUGUGGAAGUCACAAUCCAAAGAAACCUUACCAAACACCAAUGGGUCACUAUCCGGUACCCAAUGCCUGUUUCCAAGACAUCAGCAUAGAUUUUACAGACAUGGGAGCGGAUCAGGUGAAGGGAGGAAAGAGAUAUUUGCUAGUAAUGGUAGACAGAUUCUCUAAGUGGGUAGAGGCCAUUCCUACAGCAAAGGAGGAUGCGAAGUCAGUCAUUAAGUGGCUACAAACGGAACUUAUACCUAGGUAUGGGGUUCCUCGACAAAUCAGGUCCGACAAUGGGUCCCACUUCUCAAAUCAGCACCUAAGACAGGUGGAGGAGAGGUUUGGCAUUACACACAAGUUUGGCUCAGUGUAUAAGCCGCAGUCGCAGGGCCUUGUGGAACGCUGUAAUCAAAAUCUGAAAGCUAAGAUAGCUAAAGUGUGUGCAGGGACCAAAUUGACCUGGGUGGAAGCCCUGCCCCUGGCACUGAUGGCCAUGAGGUCCUCACCAGGUGCAGGGACACAUCUUUCACCCCAUGAAAUAAUGACAGGUAGAGUAAUGCCAGGGCCACCAAGAGAGGGAGGUCAUAUGCCCCCUCUUGAUGUGCACCAAAUAGGGAUGUCUGACUAUGUGAAGAAAUUGACGGUAUUGACGGUAUUGUCUGCAGCUCUCUCCAAACAGAUACACCGUGUCGCAGAGAGGGAGCUGACUGACGUCCCGGAACAACCAAGGGUAAAAGUUGGGGACUGGUUGUCGCCAGAGCAGAUGUUUGGUGGUGUAUACCCAAUAGGUGUGACUGAGUUGGUGGCUCAAAUUGAAAAGGAUGCCUUCCCGUCCAAGAAAAAGAGGAUGGCUGGAUCUGAUGGUGGUGACCCUACGUACAUAGACGCCAUAGGAGUUCCCAGAGGGGUCCCGGAUGA